AUGCAAUCUCAACUCCUUUCCAGUAUUGCGAUGAUGUUGGCCACACAUUCAUGUCGUAUUCUUCCCAGAGUAACAAGAGAAACGUGCAAACGGUUUUCCUCAUCAUAUAGAACAGUGAAAGAGUUCGACGUGCUCUUUCUACGCCAGCAAGGCGUCAAGUUCCCGAAAUGGCACCUCACGGCGCCAAUCAGACAUGACGCCCACGUCAAGCUAUCGUAUGGCGCCUCGGUCGCCGCGUCCGACCUGAUUGGGAAGCAGAUCCUGGAGCGCACCGUCGACGAUCAGGGCAACACCGUCGCCAUCCAUGAGCCUACCCUGGCCAGCUACAUUGUCAACAGCGUCCGAUCAGCCACGCCUAUAUAUCCCAGCGACGCAGAGACAAUCGUGUCCCUGCUCGAGCUCAACCCGACUCGCCCAGGCGAAGACGACGAUGACCAAGGAAGGCCCGACAACGACGGCGCCCCGUUUGAAGUCUUCGAGGCCGGCACCGGCAUGGGCAGUCUCAGCUUGCACAUCGCCCGCGCCCUGCACGCCGCCAACCCGCCCGUCUCUGCGCACCUGCGCCACGUCCUCCGCAGCAGCCCGCUCGCGCGCAACGUCGUCGCCGCUGGCAACGUGCUCGAGCUGCCCGCCUCCGACGCCGCCAUUCUCGCCGCCUACCGAGCCUCGCGCCGCGCCGUCCUGCACACGCUCGACCGUAGCGGCAAGCACACGCGCGCCGCCUACAAGCUCGUCCGACACUUCCGCCGCGCGCAGUACCUCGCCGACAUGGACUUCCACGUCGGCACCGUCGACGACUACGUCGCCGCGCGCCUCGCCGCCUCGGGAGGCCGCCCCAUCUUUGCCCGCGCCGUCCUCGACCUGCCCGCCGCCCACACCCACGGCGCUGACCGCCUCAUCCGCGCGCUGCACCCCAACGCCGUCCUCGUCCUCUUCAACCCCUCCAUCAGCCAGAUCGCCGAGUUCCAGUCCUGGGCCCUCACCACCGGCGCCCCGCUCCGGCUCGAGAAGGUCCUCGAGCUGCCCACUACCUCCACCGCCGAUGGCGUCCGCGACGGCGGCUGCGGCGGCAGGCACUGGGACGUCAAGAUUGUCAGGCCGAAACCAGCACCGAGCGAGGAUGGCACGCAGGGCGCGUGCCCCUCGGAGGAGCAGGAACCGGUCGUCGUCAUGCGACCCAAGGUCGGUGGGCGCGUCGCCGGCGGCGGCUUCAUCGCCGUGUACCGCAAGUGGCCCGAGGGAGUGAACCGCCAACAGCCCGAGGAGCCCGAGGAGGAAGCAGAAGAAUAA